GAGUUCUAUAAGUCAUGUUAGCCAGUUAACCAAUUUAACUGGCUAGCCUAUACAAAAAGCUGCUUUAAAGUUUUGUUGUAUUUGUCAAGCUUGCUCUUAGGAUUUUACUUUUAAUAGAUUUGCAAUUAAACUCUACUAAUUUUAAGGUGAAAUUUUUCAUAUUUCUGGGAAGACUGACUGACUGACUACUACUCAAUAAUUAGGGAGCUGUCACUUUAAAUUAGACCGAAUUUCCUAGAUACACUGGUGUUCCUUGCAUUCAUCUCUGACGCACGCGCUUGCGGCUUGAUUUGGGUUGGAGCAUGAUCAAUCCAAGCUACAGGAGAAUUUCAACUGGAUGUUUAAAUGAGACCUCAGGAAGUCUGUGCACUGUUGAUAGAUUUUUCUCAGUCUUAUGGGAGCAGACUAUACGCAAAGCCACACCAACUUGAACAAUCAAGUCAGUCAUGUGACCUUUCUUUCACCAGUUAGCUGAUACAAAAAAAAGAGGAACAAGACGAGACUGAAAUUUUAGAGGCAGAUUCCAUAGCAAGCAAAAUUUUAUAAAUUCUUUCUUGGGGAUAGAAUGCAACUUUGUUGUAACGUUCCUGAAGAUGAUUGCAAAAUGCAGCAGAUUCAUCUUGGAUACAUUGCAGCUUCAUGAUCUAGCAGAAAUUUAUUUAGUUGUGGAAAUUCUUGUUAGUUACAUUAAGUCACAUGCGGAGAUUCAUGGUAGUUACAUAGUCGCAUGUGGCGAUUCAUGUUACCUACAUUAAAUAUGCAAUGGCCCUGCAGAUGCAGCAGAGAUUCUCAUCUUGGGCUUAUAUAAUGCAAGCUCUGUUAAGUAAUGCUCUUGAAAAUGAAGCGGAAAUCAUUCGUCGUGUAAACACCCUAGGAUAAAUAGAAGAUUCCUGGGUUACAAUAGAAGAUAAGUCAGAGUAUUAAGCAAAGUCAUUCAUUCAUUUUGUAAUCAUCCUGGGUUAAAUUAAAGUUCUAAGUCACCGUGUAUAUAUGGAACAUUCCCAGAGAUUGCAGCCAGGAAAAACCAGAGCAUACGUAAAACCAAGAGGUACACUAAUUAAGUAAGCAGUGAAACAGAAGAAAAGGAUACUUGGCUUCUCGAGGAAUGGCAGCAAUUAUAGAAUUCCUUCCCCUUCGAGAUCUAGAUUUUUCUACAGGAACUAAAUAUUCUUCAACUAUUCUGCUCAUGAUUAGUAGUAGCUAAUGUAUUUGAUCCCUGUCCAGUGGGGGAAAUAUUUGUGCAUUUCUUCUUCGACUAUUCUUUUCUGGUACAGCACCAUUUAUAUAACUAUCUCCAUCAAGAACUACUAGUUACUCUUCUUGAACUUCCCUAAUACAGGAACACCAUCUUGUGUAGACUUGUCCUCUUCUUUUGACUUCUCUAAAGGCCUGUCCACACGAUCGGGCCUGAUCGGCGGACUUCCCCUCUAACGGGCACACUGACGGGCAAACCGUCAAAUUGCCCGAUGGGUCUUGUAGCAAAAUCACCAUGGUGGUGCCUGAUGGCUUGAGCUUCGACCCUGGCAGACGUAUGUUAACCAUAUACAUUUCUUUUACUGAGCCAUUCUUUGCACCAUAUUCUCUUCUUUUUUAUCACACACAAAGCAAUUAUCAUGCUACACUAUCUUCUUCUUUGCGGUAGGCCCCAUGUUUAUCGUACCGCACUGAACAUGCUACUGGCAUCGUCGGACACGCCCACCUCUCCAUCGCCUCACCCGUGUGGACAACAUUCACGGAUAAGUCCGCCAGAAUUUGCCCGUCAACCCUGGAGCACGCCGAUCAGGCCUGGUCGUGUGGACAGGCCUUAAUACAGAAUCACCAUAUUAUAUUGCCUUGUCCUCUUCACAAACUAGUUAUAUUUCUUAGACUCUCUUCAUGAAGAGCAGCAUUUUGUAGAUUUCAGUCCCCUCCGCAAACUAGUAGUUUCUUCAUCAACUAGUCUCUUCUACAGGAACAGCAACUUAUGUAGACUUGUCCCCUUCAGAAGUUAGUUUUGUUUCUUCACCUAUUCUCUUUCUUCCGUAAGAUGUCCUGUACACUUUUCUCCCAGUCAGAUAUAGCUUGUGUUCAUAUAGUUCAAUCACUUUCAAAAACAGCUUAUUUUCCUUGCUUAGUAUUCUGUUUCUCUCUCAAGUGUUCAAUGGUGCACAUUUUAAACUUCUCUCUCCUUUAGAAACACCUAACGUUGCCUGUUCUUGUAUCCUGGUUGUCGACAUCCCACCUCUAGUAACUGCAAAAAAACAAAUUGGAUGUCAGAAUAUUCAAAAUAAAACUUCCUGUAAACUUACAUGGUUUUUAAUGCCUUUACAUUUCGGUUGUAAACUUCGGGUAGAACUAAAAAGUUCGAUAUUGACAUAUCAACAAUUCUUGCCACAAAAUUGUGAAAUGAGACAUAUCAACAAUUCUUGCCACAAAAUUGUGAAAUGAGACAUCAACAAUUCUUGCCACAAAAUUGUGAAAUGAGCAUAAAGCUGGUCUCACACUAGUCAUUUCUUGCUCGCGGUUUUGGCCAGCAUCCAGCCGAUGCUCGCGAGCAAAAGUGUUGUAUCGUCACACUAGGAUCUCGUGGUUUCGAGGAGCAGUAGGAAAAAGUAAACAAAACUGAUCAGCUGAUAUCAUCAUGGCGCCCGGAAAUCGUCGGACUGUUGCAAGAUGUGCUGCGGUGAUGUGUGUUCUUGGAGUCUUACGUGAAUGCAAGAGCAACAAAAAACGUUUGUGGGUUCGAGAGUGGCUCAGGAGAAGAGAGGAUAAAGGUAUCUUUGACAACUUGUGUCGGGAAAUGAGGUUGGGAGAUGACGCUGCCUUCUACAACUACCACAGAAUGAACAAAGAAGAUUUUGAUUAUCUCUUGAGGCUUGUUGGGCCCAAGAUUGCUAAGCAAGACACCAGGAUGAGAAAGGCUAUUCCACCAGAACAGAGAUUAUCAGUCACAUUGAGGCACUUGGCCACAGGUGAAUCAAAAACAUCCCUGGGAUCCUUCCUAGGAUAA